UCUGUCUAGAGAAGAAAAAUUUUUGGCCAUUACUUUGGAGUUGAAUUUGAUGUUCCUGGGAACACAUUCAGGUUAGUGUGUAACUGAAGGCAUUUUGUUCUGUCCAAGGAUUCCAUCCUCUUCCUCCUUCCCUGUGCCCAAACUCUCCUGACCUCCCAUGCUGUGAAGAUGAUUCGGUGGAAGAGGAAGUGCUGCGGGCAGCACUACCUGUGGGCUCUGGGCUGCUAUUUGCUGCUGGCCCUUGUUGCCCUGAGACUUUAUCUCAGAUUGAAAUGUGACUUUGAUUCCCUGGAUCUGGAGUCCAGGGACUUUCAAAGCAGGCACUGCAGGGACGUCUUGUACAGGUCCCUGAGGUUGCCAGCAAAGAGGUCCAUCAACUGUUCUAGAAUCAUCCGAGGGGACAAGGAAGCAGUGAUUGAGGCCCGCCUGGAUAAGCUGGAGGUCAAGAACAAACGGGAGCCUUUCACAGACACCGACUACCUCAACAUGACCAGAGACUGUGAGCACUUUAAGGCCAACAGGAAGUUCAUACAGCACCCACUCAGCAGAGAAGAGUUAGAUUUCCCUAUUGCAUACUCUAUGGUGGUCCACGAGAAGAUCGAAAACUUUGAAAGGCUGCUGAGAGCUGUGUAUGCCCCUCAGAACAUAUAUUGUGUUCACGUGGAUGAGAAAUCCCCAGAAACUUUCAGAGAGGCAGUCAAGUCAAUUAUUUCAUGCUUCCCAAAUGUCUUCCUGGCCAGUAAGUUAGUCCGGGUGGUUUAUGCCUCCUGGUCCAGGGUGCAGGCUGACCUGAACUGUAUGGAAGACUUGCUUCAGAGCUCAGUGCCGUGGAAAUACUUCCUAAAUACCUGUGGAACAGACUUUCCUAUCAAGACCAAUGCCGAGAUGGUCCUGGCCCUCAAGAUGUUGAAUGGGAAGAACAGUAUGGAGUCAGAGGUACCUACUGAGGCCAAAACAUCUCGCUGGAAAUAUCACUAUGAGGUGGGAGACACAAUACACAUGACCAGCAAGUUGAAGGACCCUCCCCCUUACAAUUUACCUAUGUUUACGGGGAAUGCCUACAUUGUGGCUUCUCGAGGCUUCGUCCAGCAGGUCUUAGAGAACCCCAAAUCCCAGCAACUGAUUGAAUGGGUAAAAGAUACCUACAGCCCGGAUGAACACCUCUGGGCCACCCUGCAGCGUGCUCCAUGGAUGCCUGGCUCUGUUCCCUACCACCCCAAGUUUCACAUGUCGGACAUGGCUUCCAUUGCCAGGCUGGUGAAGUGGCAGGGCCACGAAGGGGACGUCGAUAUGGGGGCACCUUAUCCGCCUUGCUCUGGCACCUACCAGCGGUCCGUCUGCAUUUAUGGGACUGGGGACCUUCACUGGAUUCUUCAGAACCAUCACCUGUUGGCCAACAAGUUUGACCCAAAGGUCGACGAUAAUGUUCUUCAGUGCUUGGAAGAAUACUUACGUUUUAAGGCCAUCUACAGGACUGAACUCUGAGAUGCGCUGAGACUGUUGCUGCCUGUGGGGCAAGAGCAUGUGCAGACAUGCACAGAGUGUGCUGGGACAGUGCGGGGUGGGAGCCAGGCUCUCUGGGACCCCUGGCAUCCCCUGGGGGAAAGGGGCUGCGAUUGGAGUGUGGGUAAGUAGAUCUGCUGCAUUGCAAAGGCCUGCCCCGGGUGAACACUGACCCACCUCACCCCACUCCCAAAGCCCCGCCACAGACCUUCUGCCAGAGUGAGCAUGCGAGCCAGUUAUUCGGGAGGGUCAGGGAGGCAAGUAUAUGGCACGGGCCCCUGGGUUUUAGCCGAAUGCUUAGUGUCCCGCUUUUUCAUUCUGUGGAGAUGCCAUUCCUAAUAAGUUGAGGUUUGGUAGUGGGGUGGUGGAGUUUGAUGGAAAGAGGGCCUUCCCUUUUGUACCAUUAAUUUUAAAAUAAAUAGCUCCUGAUCUGAA